CUCUUUUUACAUAAUUUAACAAAAUCAGUCAGUACACCGAUUGCUAAAAGUUCGAGAAUCGUUAUUUAAAUACAAUUUUAUUGAGACAAAAUUAUUAAUCUGAAAAACCAUUCCCAAAGGAUCGAACAGCAUGAGUGACGCACAGUCUUUAAUUCAGAACCAAAACGACGGCAACAUCGGCGAUGUCUAUCAGAGCGUUGUCGUCGAUAUAAAUAGACAGCAUACGGUAGUAGAUCAAGAGCACUUUGAGAUCAAGAAAGACAGAAGACCGGGACCAACGUGCUCAUUCUUACCGGUUGUAAACACCACACUGAUUGUUAUUUUGACUUCGAUGGUGAUAUAUGUCAUCGUACGUUUAAAUCACAGUGGCGCAGUUGGCAUUGAUGCAGAGGUUCGUGGAAAGCUAGACAUUGUAAAAGUUGAUCCUGGUGUUCACCAGGCCUCGCACCAAGCUCUUACAGAUGAUACCUUACCCACUUCAAAACAGGAAGAUAUACACGACGUGUUUGAGUUGGACCAAAAUAAGUUGAAGAAUUUGGGAUUUGUCCGGUGGAUAAGGACCGAGGAUUCUAAAUCGAUAACCCCCAGUGAAAAUGACUCUUGCGUUGAAAUUUCACAUCCGGGUCUGUAUGCCGUAUUUUCCCAAAUAACGUUCAGGCUCGAUAAAUUAUCGCCGGAUCGCGUUAGUCACAGCAUUAUAGUCAAACGUAAUGAGACUGAUGAAUCGACGACCCAGAUACGUUUGCUGGACAUACCCCAGAUGAGAGUUGGCACCCAUUGGUUUUUUAUGCCUAGUAAUAUUAAUGUGGUUAUAAGUGUCAAACCGAGGGAAAAAGUGUGUGUAAUGGUAUACCCAGCUGAUAUGGUCUAUGUAUCUGCUGUCCAUAAUAUUCUCACGGUUGUAAGACUUAACGCACUAACAGUUUAAAUCAAUGUAAAAAAUAUAUUUUUUCCAUUCUCCUGAUUCAGUAUUACCAGUGCGUUUAUAUUUAAAUCAUGUUUUAGCCAAAUAACAUAUCAGCAUGCAAGAAGCUAAAUUGCUGUCGUUUUAAGCUAAUAAACAUAUCUUAUACUCGACUUGUAUUCCAAGUUCUUCGAGAACGUUGUAAAGGAUUGGUCUCAUGCCCAUGUUUUCACCACCGGAAGGAGGAGCACUUUUUAAGCAAACUGCCCUUACUAUCUGUCUAUACGUUUAGACUAAAAGGAUGUAGAAUUAAUAAGCUGUUCCAUAGCUUAAACAGGAUUGCAGUGUAGGUUGAACUUGCGGUUAUUUUGUUUAUUAAAUAACUAAUUGUGUAGCAUAUAUUGGCAUGAAGUACAUUUCUUUGACUGUUGUUUGCUACUUUAAGUCGUAAUAUAUACAUGAAAUAAAUGUUCAAAUGAGGAAAUAUGUUAACAUGAAAUCAUGUCAUUUUUCCUUAUAAUCUUUUGUAAGAAACCAUUACCCACUUUGUGUAACCAUUGCAAUGAAUUGUGGGCAUUCAAAUCGACGUGUUUUGUGGUCAUCGGAAAGUAAUCUGGAUAACUAGUUACCUCGUGUUUCCUCCUUAUGUUCCUUAAAUUACUCAAAAUAACAUUUAAAGGGGCCUUCCGUGUAUGUAUAUAUUGUGUAUAGACUGUGUGAAUAAUGAAAGAGUUUGAAAAUUAAAUUUACAGCGAAUAUUUUCUUCAAUCAUCUUACAUACAGAUGUGUUCGACGUUUUAUCUUGCUUUGUAUGAUAUGAUUUACAUGUAUACAGUUUCAGUAUUCACGACGUUUUGUCUUGCUUUGUAUGAUAUGAUUUACAUGUAUACAGUUUCAGUAUUCACGACGUUUUGUCUUGCUUUGUAUGAUAUGAUUUACAUGUAAACAGUUUCAGUAUUCACGACGUUUUAUCAUGCUUUGUAUGAUAUGAUUUACAUGUAUACAGUUUCAGUAUUCACGACGUUUUAUCAUGCUUUGUAUGAUAUGAUUUCAUACAGUUUAAGUAAUCACGACUUUUUAUCUUGCUUUGUACGGUGUGAUUCCAUACGGUUUCAGUAUUCAUGAAGUUUUAUCAAUCUUUUUACGAUAUGAUUCCAUACAGUUUCAAUAUUCACGGAAUCUUGUUAAACAGUCAGUGGUGAAAAAAGUGUGCGAUCUUUUCGAAUAUUAUUGUUUUCAAUUGCUAUCUAUUUUUAGCAAUAUGGGAUUCCUUGCACGAGUGUAUGACGUAGAUACUGUGACCAACGCGAUCUUGCGAUGAUGUUGCAGACUGAAAAUUAUUGGGAAAAAUGCGCCAUAAAGAACGGAAUAUGAAAUUUCAAACGCAUAAUCGCGUUGAUAACGGCACCUACGUAAACGGCCAUACCAAAGUCCUACUUAUAUCCUAGCUAAUGAAAGGAAACUUAUAUUGAUAAAAUAGAUGGCCAUUGAAAAGUAUUAUGCACGCUAAGAUGGUAAAGAUGAAUGGUUUACAAGAGUUUGUGAAUACUAUUUGGCCAUGUAUCAUGUCUAUAUGGGUGGGUGUACCACUUAAUAUUAUAAUUAUAGUUAAUUGCUGAAAAUAAUAAUUGCAUCAUUGUUUUCCUACAUGAAUUUGUGUUUUUGUAUACAUCACAUACCAGUAUUGUCGCAAUGAAAACACAAUUUAAUAGAACAAUAAAAAACGUCUGCUCAAACGUUUGGCCCAUCGUCAAACGUCAAACAAAAUGCAAUGAAUCUUUGGUAUAUUUAUGUCUCUCAACUUGCGCUCAUGGAUUUUAAAAUAAUGUGCCUAAAUGUGUGUAAGAGUUUCGAACUAAAUC